CCCCGAUAAGAGAUUGCGAAUAUUCGUCUGCAGCGUCUUUGACUUUAACAAGUCGUGCGCCGGAGCGAUGGACAUUGUUUGGGAUAGAGGAGGAUUGAUCUCAAUUAACGUGGAACUCAGAGACAGAUAUGUCACCUUGAUGAAGUCAUUGUUGUCACCAGACUUCUCCUACGCUUUGUAUUCCACCGUCUAUGACGACAGCACUUACAAGGGUUUUCCCACAAGUAUGCCUGAGGCAGUUCUUCGGGAGCUGUUCGCAGGAAAAGGCAUAAGGCUGCGUUUAAUUGAUUCGGAUGGUCCGAGGCCGCGUCCUUACACCGAAGCAGGCACUGUUCAACUUUGGCACUUGACGGAAUGA